GCAAAUGAAACACAACCACUGACUGACAUCAUGCUCACAAUCUGUGUUUAUCACCUGGAGCGGGUAGCAGUGUGUGUAGUGGGUAGUGCGCCUGUCUCCACGAACUGUUUCAAACUGUCUUCACCGUGACCUCUUCCUGUCUCUCAGGCGAAGACAUGACUCUGUCUGUGGGCUGGCUCUCGGCUUUGGCCGUGGGUGUUUUCUCCGCUCUUGUCUUGCAGAAACUCUGCUUCCCAUAUUUUUGGAGAGAAUUCUUCUUUAUGCUAAAGCUGGUCAGAUUCGGCGUGAAGUUGGAGCUGUCCGAUCUGACGUCCAGCAUAUGUACGGUCCUGGACAAGUUCAUUGAGCAGGCGCAACGCACCCCCAACAAGCCGUUUGUCAUCUAUGAUGGAAACAUUCAUACCUACCGGGAUAUCGACCAGCGCAGCAACAGACUUGCCGGUGUUUUCCUGGAGAGAGUGAAGCUGAGAAAAGGAGACUGCGUUGCCUUGCUCAUGAGCAACGAACCAGACUUCCUGUGCGUUUGGUUUGGGUUGAAAAAGGUCGGCUGCUUGGUUGCUUUUCUCAACACUAACAUCAAGUCCAAGUCUCUGCUGCACUGCUUUAACUGCUGUGGGGCCAAAACUCUAAUUGUUGGAUCAGAUCUAAUGGAACAUGUGGACAGCCUCCUGGAGGACAACAUUCAGGUGUGGGCCAUGACGAGCCAGAGUGAGAACCCACGGGUGCACACUCUGUUGGAUAAGAUCCAAGGUGCCUCUGACCAGCCUGUACCAGCAGUGCUACGGGCCACUACCUCCCUCAGAUCCCCCACCCUCUACAUCUUCACCUCUGGAUCAACUGGGCUCCCUAAGGCUGCAGUCAUCACUCACAGGCAGUGUUUGUUCGCGACAGUAGGACUUUGGGCAUUUGGAGCAACUGCAGAUGAUGUGGUGUACAUUGCUCUGCCGCUCUACCACAGUGCUGCCUCCCUGAUCGGUAUAGGAGGAACCAUAGAGCUGGGUGCAACUUGCAUCUUGAAGAAGAAGUUCUCAGCCUCCCAGUUUUGGAAUGACUGCAGAAAACACAAUGUGACUGUGUUCCAGUAUAUUGGUGAACUCUGCAGAUACCUGUGCAACCAGCCUAAGACAGAGAUGGAUAAAGUUCACAAAGUGCGACUGGGAGUUGGGAAUGGGCUGCGGCCGGAUGUCUGGCGGGAGUUCCACAGGCGUUUUGGUGACAUCAAAAUGUGUGAGGUGUACGGCUCCACUGAGGGAAACCUGUGUCUCAUGAACCAUUUUGGCAAGAUUGGGACUGUGGGCCGCUCCAGUUUUUUUAACAAGCUCCUGUUCAGUUUUGAUCUGGUAAAGUAUGACACAGAAAAAGAUGAACCAGUGCGAGAUCAGUAUGGUUUCUGUCAGAGAGUUAAAAGGGGUGAGACCGGGCUUUUACUGUCCAAGGUGAGCACCUCUAACCCCUUCUUUGGUUAUGCUGGAAGCAAGCAGCUGACGGAGAAAAAGCUGACGAGAAAUGUGUUCAGGAAGGGAGAUGCCUACUUUAACACUGGGGAUCUCAUGGCAGAAGACCAGGAGAGCUUCAUGUAUUUCAGAGAUAGAAUGGGAGACACCUUCAGGUGGAAGGGUGAAAAUGUAGCAACGACGGAGGUAGCGGAGACUCUUGCGCCGGUGGAUUUCAUUCAAGAAGUCAAUGUAUAUGGAGUGGAAGUCCCAGGUAUGGCAGAGCACAGGGCAGGAAUGUCUGCCAUGACUUUAAGACCAGGUCUUACGUUUGAUGGGAAGAAGCUGCAUGAGUUUGUGAUGAGGGAUCUACCAGCGUACGCUCGUCCACUGUUCAUAAGACUUCAGGAGGCCUUAGAAAUGACAAGUACUUUCAAGCAGCAGAAGUUCAAGCUAGUGCAGAGCGGCUUCAACCCCUCAGCAAUCUCUGAUCCUCUCUAUGUGUUGGACUACCUGCAGAAAAGCUAUGUUCCUCUAACAGAUAGUAUCUAUCAGCGCAUCCUUGCUGGAGAACACAGGCUGUAGAACUCACAAAUAUGGAUGUGACUAAAACCUAUGAGUCUGCAAUCAAGUUGAAUGCUUUUCUGAGCUCUGAAUGAAAAUACCUCAUUCAAAUAGUGAACCAGAGGCUCAUGGUGAGUUGAACAGUUACUGGUUAUUGUUGUUAAAUAAAGUGUCAGCUCAAUAUAAAUACGUAUAAAAUUUGAGGGUUUUUUUUAGGGAUUAUUUUAGUGAAUUCUCUACGGUUGAGGGGGUCUGGAGAGGAUAAAAGUGCCUGAAAAUGACAAUGUCAGGAAAGAUAUCACUCAGUUUACACUUGAAUGUAAAAAGAAAGACCCUUUAAAAUGGUUUCAUGUUAUUUGGUCAACAGUUCCUUAAACUGUGUAGAUUAGCCCUUUAAAAUAACUUAAUAUAUUGCAGUCCGUCAAAUUUCAUUACAGCCAUUUGUGCUUGUGAACCUUUCCCACUUCAGAAUGGUGUGUUUACCAUUCAGCAAGAUGUCCAUUAACAUUCAAGGUUUUAAUUGGUCUGUGGUAGAUGCUGGAUCAGCUGGGAUUCAAAUGCCAUUAAGCUUGAUUCUUCCACCAACCUCAGAGCUUUUCAUGUAUUUAC